AUGGAGACUCGCUUCACCAUGGGCAAGUCUGCGAUUCUAGAGCGCUCGCUCACCCGACCCAAGACUGAGGUCAGCGUGAGCGCAUUCGCCCUACUCUUCUCUGAGAUGGUGCAGUACUGCCAGAGUCGGGUGUACUCUGUGUCCGAGCUGCAGGCACGCUUGGCAGACUUGGGUCAAGGCGUGGGGGCCAGCCUGCUGGACGUGCUGGUGUUGAGAGAGAAGAAUGGAAAAAGGGAAACCAAAGUGUUGAACAUACUGCUCUUCAUCAAGGUAUGAUCAAGAGAACAUUGCACAUUGUGUGUUUCACAUACUCUACUUUUUCAUUAGUGUAAUAACAACAAAUGUAUAACAUUAUACUAACAUUCACAUAACAUUAGGCUAUAAUGUAAUACCAAUAAAGCCUAGGUAUACAUGGCUCUUGGCUGUAGCAGCGACUUGUCCUCCACUUCAACAAACCUGGCCUCUGACAUAAGCAUAAACACAAACAAACCUUCACCUUUCUCUGCCUUCCGUUCCCCCUCGAUUCCUCAGGUGUCGGUUUGGAGGGCCCUGUUCGGCAAGGAGGCAGACAAGCUGGAGCAGGCCAACGACGACGACAAGACCUACUAUAUCAUUGAGAAGGAGCCCCUGAUCAACGCCUUCAUCUCGGUGCCCAAGGAGAACAGCACGCUCAACUGUGCCGCUUUCACCGGGGGCGUGGUGGAGGCCAUUCUCACACACAGCGGCUUCCCCGCCAAGGUCACG